AUUCACCCUCAACCUGAAGUUGCAGAAUCAAGGCACGAGAUAACCGGAGCUGCUGUUGGCAUAACUGGAAAUAGCAGCAAUGAGACCGCAAAUGAAGAACCAAGAGCUCAUUGCUACAGAAACCUAGCACUUGUUAUUGACCUACAACCAAGAGAAAAUCCUACAGUUCUGGAGUUAGGAGAACUAAGACAGCUGAGUAUUGGAAGCAUGGUUUGUUACGUUAUUUCAUUGUUCCUUACAACUUAAAAACAACCCUUUUAAAAGAGGGUCUGAAUGAGGUUAACCGUUACCCGUCAAACGGCCUUAAAUUUAACCGUCAAAAAAGGUCACUUUUUUACCGUAAACCAUCAAACGCAGGUCAAAAUUAACCGUAAAAAACAGUCGACUCUCGAUAACUCGAACCAUCAAGGGAAAUCGAAAACAGUUUGAGUUAUCGGGAGUUCGAAGCGACAUAGCCAGAAGUAAGGAAAUAGAUGGGGGAGGAAUGUGUGAAACUGAGAAACAGCUUUUUCACUUAACCACCAGUGUGGAAACAGGCUUUGCCUUCACAAAAGGGUUAAUCGACUGACGGGGAAAAACUCUGGGAAAGGCCUUUUUCUGGGGACACUCGCUGGUUGCGGGAAGGCACGGAAUCUCUUACGCCUGCUGAAUACCCUUGAGACAAUGAUUAUAAGUUUAAUCCAAGACUAUACUGCGGGUACAGUCAAAACAUAACCAACCAAAAUGUAACCAAGACUAGAUGCAAAGAGGAUUUAACCGAAGAAGCUCCUACAAAGCACUCGAAUUUAUAAUGGUAAUUGAACUGAGUGGAGUGCAAUUUGGUCUGAAAUCAUACGCGUGAUUUCAAAAUUGAACGAGCGCGCAGCGCGAGUUCGAUUUGAAAUCACAAGUAUGAUUUCAGACCAAAAUUGCACGACACGAAGUUCAAUUACCACUUUAUUACAUCCAUUUUGAAAUCGCAGAAUUUAGUCAGUACUAAUAUUUUAUUGAUCGAGUAGCCGGUUCGCUAAAAAGCCGAAACAAAAAGGCUUUUACAUCUCAUUUUGUAUUCGAAACAGAAAUGAUGCGAUAUAGAACAAAAAUGGUGCGAUUUAAAACAGAAAGGAUGCGAUUUAGAACAUGAAUGACGCGAUUUGGAACAGAUGCGAUUUAGAGCAAAAAAUGGUGCAAUUUAGGAAUAAAUCACACCGCUGAGAGCCAAUCAGAUUGCACGGAUAGCCAGUGAUUUCAAAGUGGAUGUAAUAAAAGCCUAAACUAGCGAAGCGAUACAGAUUACAUCACAACUCAACGAGUCAAAUUACAAAGCACAACAAUCAGUUCUAAACGGCUAUUGGUGGAAACCUAAGCUUCUUUUGAAUCCAAAGCUUCACAGGUGGAUAACGGCUUCUUAGGCCCGGUUCAAAAGUCGAAUUUCACAUGUGUCGAACUUAACGCGAGACUUAAAUGCAUGUGAAGUGCGACGUUUGAAUCAACUAAUUCGACUGUUUAAAUUAAAUGCAACGUUUGCCGUAUCUGCGACUGAAACAGUCGAAGAUUCGACUUAGGUUCGACUUUUGAUUCAAACGUCGCAUUUCACAUGUGCCGAACUUAAUGAAUGAAUUUUUGUAAAUUAUUAUUAUAUUACUGGGAAUAUUGAGAGCGAAGAGAGUUAAAUUCGACAGAGUUCAGUGAGUUAAAUUCGACGUUUGAAUCAAAUGCCGUAUUUAACUAUUUUAGUCGACUAAAAUAGCAAUUAAAUUCGGCACCUGUGAAAUUCGACGUUUGAACUGGGCCUUAGGACGUUGAUUACAGCUUGAAGACUAAAUACAAUUAUGACUUGACAAAUAAGUUUACGCUCAAUAAAUUAAAUCAACAGAUUGUUUACGGCUUAAAGAAUUUAAGACUAAAGAAUAAAUGAUUUCUACAUUGGCUUUUCAUAUCUUUAUCAGCGAAAGCAAACAACUAAACACUUUGAACAAUAAAUCCUCUCUUCACAAAUUCGCAAUUCGCUUUAGGGCAGUUGGGAAUAUACCGAUAUUUUUAAAAGGAAAAAGCAACAAAGGUUGGUUAUUAAAUUAGUACAGUGCUAAACAUUGUAUUUGAAUUGGACUGACAAAAAAGUAAAGAAGCCUAAAGACAAAGAAUACACGGUUCUUUUAAGAGAAAUUAAUGUUUUGGACUCCAGUUCACUACGUUUUUUGGACUUGUCAAGCGCUUAAAACAUGGUUCGAGUUAUCGAGGGUAAGAGUGUAUAGAAAUGAUCUGAAGCCGGGGAAACAAAAUUUCUUCUAGUUAUUGAGGGUUCGAGUAACCGAGGGUAAAUUUACCAUAAACGGUAUAAAGGAAUUCCAGGGAAAUAGAUUUUGGUUCGAGUUAGCGCGAGGUUCGAGUUAGCGAGGGUUCGAGUUAUCGGGAGUCGACUGUAUUUCAGCUGAUCUUCACUGAAUUCUGGCUCCUGAAGAAUAUCAAAGAAUCAGAGAUAUCUAAACUUGAACACCAGUUCCCAUGUUCUCAAAAACACUCUCUCUAGGUUAGGCAUUACAAGUCUUACAAGACCUUCCGAUUUACUUAUAUCUGAAAAAAUUUCGAAAUUUUAUUAGUGAAAGGCCAAGACAACCCCCACAACACAAAAGACCAAAAUUUAUUCCUACAGAAGUUGAUAUUUACUUUAACUCUUGGACUAAAUUUACACUAAUAACCGUCAACCGUCAAAAGCUUUAAAAUACAACCGUCCACAAUUGCAUUGGAAAAAAUUAAUCGUCAACCGUCAAUGGCGACAAACCCAUUGAGAACCUCUCUUAACUUAAGUCGUGCUCUGCAAAUGCAGCCACUUCAACUCUUAUCACUUCCCAACGCUACUGACGCCCCUUAAGGUGAUAGUUACACGAGGCGAUUCGCAACGACGAACACAACGUUGCAGUGUUGGAACAAUGUUGUUAUUAUUUGAAACAAUAUUGCAACAAUGUUGAAAAGCUUUGUUGAGCUAAAAAUCGUCGUUGCGAAUCGUCUCGUGUAACAUCACCUUAGCGUUGCGAACCAUCACCAGAACGAUACAUGAGGCGGGUUUAUUGGCGGCCCACUAAAGGUGAUGUUACACAGGACGAUUCGCAACGAAGAUUUUUAGCCCAACACUGCGUUGCAGUGUUGGAACAAUGUUGUAACCAUUUGAAACAACGUGGCAACAAUGUUGCAACGCUGCGUUGAGCUAAAAAUCGUCGUUGCGAAUCUUCGCGUGUAACAUCAUCUUAAGUAGGGCCUGAAUUUAAGUUGUUGGCAGCAGAAAUAUAUUUUCUGCGAUACAUUAAUUUUUUUCUAUUUUUCCCUUUAGGAAGAAGACAUUUGUCGUAUUUGCCAUGGAAAUAGGGACGUGGAAGAACUUGUUAGGGUGUGUCGCUGCAAAGGCACCACAAAGUACGCCCACAAAAGCUGCGUGCUUCGAUGGUUCAAAAUGACGUACAGGUUCCACUGUGAGCUGUGUCAAUACAAAAUGAAAAUCAAAAAAGAGGGACGUAAGCCAUUGAAAGAGGUAUGACAAUUUGAAACACACCAAGUCAAAUUACUGUCGUCAAGUCGAUUGGGUAAUCACCACCAUCGUGAGAACUCAUUUAAUUUGUUUUUCACUCUCAGAGCUUCCACUCUCAUUUAAUGAAUAUGUCAGAAUACUUUAAAAUCGUCGUUGCGAAUCGUCUCAUGUAACACCACCUUUAGCAGUACGAACCUAAUCAAACAUGUCUAAUGGUUGUAUGUUUUUUCAGUGGCGCUAUCCAUGUGAUCUGGGAUCCUUCCUGAGUUUUCUGGCAGUGUUUACGGUUCAUAUCCUGCAUGGAAUCGUUUUGGUUCUGAUUAUUACGAUUGCAGUGAUGAAGAAAUGUUUCACGGUGACCUGCAUAACUCUAAUCCUGCUUUGUUUUGCAAGUAAGUUUGGCAUCAUACAAAUAAGAAUAUAAGAAAAAAACAACCUCGUCCCCAGGGCGCUUUUCCCUGGCUCUCUCCUAUCUGACCUAACAGGGGCGCUUUCUGCAGAUAAAAACCUUUUUCGUAAAAUGGAAAAUAAGAUACUGACAGACUUGCAUUGCUAGGUCUCACGACGUUGUCGUGAGUCUCACGAUUUCACGACUUAUCUCACGCUCUCACGAGUUAGAAACUGAUUUCUCACACUUUCUCGAAAGGUCAAACUCCAAAAGAAUUUUGGAGGUGUAGGGUUCGUUUCCGAGUUAGAUAUCAAUAGAUACCGAGCUAAAUCCAAAAUAAAACGCUUAGCGGUUGCGUUUGACUACAUCCUUUUUGCCUACCUCGACUUGCCGCUCCCACAAAAUGUGCAGACUUACUGUUUGGCCGCCAACAAAACAUAGAAAUUACAAAACCUAAAUCGUAAAGUCGUGAUGUUCACUGCUCCAGCUUUAAAGUGAUACGUGACCUCCAAUAUCCAUAAUCCUCACUGAAAGUCCUUCCGCUGGGAAAUUUGCGACAUCUCACGACUUUUCACCCAUUUCUCACAACCUUUCCCAGCUCUUGUUCAGACAACCUCGUUCCCAGGGUUCUCUCCUACCCGCCCCCAUGGAGCGAGAGGGAGUAGUUCUCUCUCUCUCGCUCCAUGGGGGCGGGUAGGAGAGAACCCUGGGAACGAGGUUGUUGUUCAGAAUCUCACAUUUUUUUGCCUUUUGGAGGUUGGCAGCUCUGUGCUGACCAGUGGCGGACCCAAAGAAGGGGCCCGGAGGGGGGGGGGGGGGGCCCUGCCUUAUUUCUGGAUCAGAAUGAGGCCAGAAGGGUCGAAAAAAUUCUUUUUGAGACCGGACCCCCCUUAUCCCAGGAUCUGGAUGAGCGCCCCCCCCCCCGAAGGUCUGGAUCCGCAACUGCUGAUGGCUGACUAUUGGGCUUAAACUGUUUGCUACGGUCUGUCCAUUUUAUCGCAUAAAAGCCCCGUCCACACGUACCCAGAUAGAUUUAAAAAUGGAUUUUUAUUUUCCAUUUCGUUUUAGUUUUCUUUUCUCACGUAAACGCCGGAUUAUCGUUUUUGUGUGAACAAACGCGAAAAAGAAAGAAACUAGCUGUUUUCUCCUUUUCCAACCCCGAUUCCCUUGCAUUAGCGAGAGGAUAAUCGUUCUCUCUUGUAAACACAAUGAAAGGCAAGUGUUUCCUCCGGUCAAUCUUGCCAAACGGGGCCUGGGUUCUUUGCGUGUUAAUGCGUGUUGUGGGCUAUCCCUGUAUCAUGACUCGACUACGCCGCAUCACCCCUUCACCUAAAUUGUUUUCAAUUCCACAAUUGGCUUAGGCUCCAUUAAAUGACUGCUCUAGCAUACGAGCAAGAUCUCUAAUCAUUCGGGGAAAACGUGAGAAUAGGGACUGCAGAGCGCAUUACAACUGAGGGGACUGUGCUUGAAAACUCGCGCCGGAGACGCGAGUUUGUUGGCGGAGCGGGGUGGGGGGAAGGGAUCUGGGGGCAUCCUCCCUCAGAAAAUUUUGAAAUCUAGAGGCUCGGAGAUGGUAUUUUUAACAUGAGAUAUUUCUCUAAAAAAAUCUCAACCUGGAAUGAUAGGUACUUCGAGGGUCGAGAAGCUCAUUUAAUACACAUCGUGUUCUCCCAACAUCCCAAGUGGGUUAUCGUGCCUGAAAACCCAUAGAAAGUGAGGUCUAUUUUUUUUAUAAAAUAACUUUAAGCUUUCUAUGAGUCUACCGGCACAAUAAACUAUAGGUUUUUAACUAAUCAGAACGCGCGUGCUAUCUUAGUUAUUUUAUAAUUGAUCGCAGGCUAUAACUGCUCACGCAAUAGAAUAUUUUUUCAUUACCUUUAGUCAUGGUAAUGAUCUUCUUCUUCUGUGAUGGCUGUGGAUACCUCAAAUACUGCAAGCGACAGUGGACAGUAAGAAACAGCCGUUGGGAUAUAUCCACUUACGAAGAGGAAUCGUCACACCAAUGAAAGCACAGAUUACCAAGGAGCUUUAGCAAACACUCAACGACGACCAUAACAACAACGUCGAUAAACAGUCUAUGAACAAAACGACAGCCCUGCAAGUGCAUCACGAUUUUUAGUAAAUUUCUUUGACGUCCAAUGAACUAACUUUUCACUGCACGACUACGACGUGAAACGUUUUAAUGCGACAUUUUAUGAAGGACGUGAAAAUACAAAGAAGACUUUUCCUUUCUCUUUUUGAACCUGCAUGAGCGAGUUCAAAUAGACGCGACUAAAACAAGAGGGUCUCCACCCAACCUUUUUCUUUUGCUUGUAAAUCUAGCCGAUUUUUUGAUAACCAGGCUAAUGAAAUUUGCAGUCAUUUGAGUGAUAAGGCGUCAAAAGACAGGUUUCUUAAGCCCGAUGAACUCCAAAAUCACAUUAACGAAGGAAAAUGA